AUCAUCUCGUUUCGUUUGGUUUCUCGACCGUUUCCAGGCUGCAGUCAGUACCGGUCCAGCGACCGAUUUGCAGGGCUGUUUCUUCUCCGUUCGUAUCGUCAAAAUAAAUCAUUGAAAGGAAGAAGAAAGAGAGAGAAAAAAAAAAUUGAUCGUUUCAGGGAUCGCAAUGCGGACGACGAUGCUGCAGCUGCUCUUCCUCGGGCUGCUUUUAGUGGCUCUUGUAACAGACGUGUCUGCAAGACAGCAUCGAAGAAAACAUCGAACGACGACAACGACCGAGUCAUCUUUUCAAGAUGAAGUAAUGAACAUGUUAGAAGCUGAUGAGGUAGCGGAAGAUGAGAACAAAGAUGCUGAAGUUUCUUUCGAAAAUGUUGGAAAUGAGCUUGCAUCGAAGAAACAACGUUUGAUCGAAGUAGAUCCUUGUAUGAAUAAACAUUGUGGUGCUGGACGUAUUUGUAAGUCAACCAAAGAUGGUAUCGCCGAAUGCGUUUGCAUCGAAAUUUGCAAUCCGGAAAUCGAUCCACGUCGUAAGGUCUGCACAAAUUACAAUGAAACUUUUGGAAGCGAUUGUGAGGUCUAUCAAGCACGUUGUUUCUGUGACACUGGUGAUACCAAUUGCAGAGGGCCUGAUUAUAAGCAUGUUCAUAUUGAAUACUAUGGCGAAUGCAAACAAAUGCCAAUGUGUAAGGAAGAAGACAUGGCAGAUUUCCCAAGGCGUAUGCGCGACUGGUUGUUCAACAUAAUGCGUGACCUAGCCGAUCGUCAAGAGUUACCAUCGCACUACUUAAAAAUGCAACGCGAAGCUGAAACGAACAUGACACUGCGUUGGACGAAUGCAGCCAUUUGGAAGUGGUGUGACCUCGAUGGUCAUCCACAUGAUAGGGCAGUUUCCAGACACGAACUUUUCCCUAUAAAGGCACCCUUGAUGGCCUUAGAACAUUGCAUAGCACCUUUCUUCGAUUCUUGCGAUGCCAAUAAUGAUCACUUGAUCACUUUGGUUGAGUGGGGUAAAUGUUUGCAAUUAGAUGAGAAUGACAUCGAUGAAAAGUGUGAUGAACUAGCCGAAGCCAACAGCAAUCUACAAUAAAUAAUUCUAUAUAUAUAUAUAUAUAUAUAUAUAUAUAUAUAUAUAUAUAUAAUAUAUAUAUAUAUUAUAUAUAUAUGUAACAGAUAAUGGCUGUUGUGUUUGUGGACGGAUCGAACGACAGGGCUAACGAUAAAUGAACGAGAAAAGGCUUUUGUAUUGGCUACGUGCAGUGAUAGCAAUAGUAGUAGUGUAUUACGAUUGGAAGAGAGGGGCUGAAGGGGGAGGAAAAUGGCGGGAAAAAUUAGAAGCAAGGCUUUGCGUAUUCGAUAACGCGCAUGUCCCAUGUAACAGACUCGUCGAUAUCGUGACCCAUCUUGCUACUUGCAAUUUUGAACAGUCUCGUUUAAUCCUUCGUUGUUAUUCCAUUGAUCGAAACUCGCAGCGGCCAAUCGAUUUCCUAUCGUGCUUAACAAAAUUGACAAUACUCAUUAUCGUAAUAUUUCCAACGAAAGUCUAUAACUAAUCUGCUUGUUUUAUAUAAUUUUU